AUGUCAGCUCCUCUGUUAGCCCUAUGCCAAUAUGUCGAGACCAAGUUGAAGCCUGCUAACGAGACCAUUACAGUUCACAUGCCUAAGGAAAUGUUUGGCACUGAUCAUGAUACCUGGCUGUUGAGUGAAGACAUUUUACAGUUUGCUUCCAUGGUUGAGAUUGGAGCCACAGUGAUUGCAGUAUACAUGAGUCAGCUCUCAAUCUGGAACGUUAUCUCACUGCUCAAAACAUCUCUCAGAAAGCCUGAAAAGGCAGAUGGGGAUCAAUUUUACUUGGUGCCUUACAAUCCAAGGGGUCAUUGGGUGUUAGCAAUUGUGAGACCAGCUAAGGAGACUGUCUAUUACAUGAAUUCAUUGCCAAACUGCUCUGUUGACGAGGACAUGAGAAAUAUAGUGAAUACUUCAAUCAAAAUGUAUAACUCUCACACAAGGAAACAAUCAUCACGUAAAUCACCCAUAUGGGAAAAUCUACAAGGCACUCCUAGACAACUAACAAAUGUAGAGUGUGGCUAUUACGUGAUGCGUUUCAUGAGAGAUAUAAUUCAUGAUCCAGCCCUAGCCUUUGAGAAGAAGUUUGACAAGAAAAAGAAACCAGUUGUGUAUACUCAAGAACAUAUUGACGAAGUCAGGCUGGAAUGA